UGAUCCAAUCCCAAGCAAACUGAAAGACAAAUAGAAUUGUAGAAGACUGUGGGUAUGGGUGUUACGGGUUUCGUACCUAGUGUCUUGUUAUGAAGUUUAUGUUAUAGAAAUGGAAGGUUAUCCAUCUCUGUUUGUGCCAAGUGAGACAGCAGCCGGAGGUGGAGGAAGUACGGUACCGGGUUUGGGUUUUUGUCCGGGAAAGGGCACAAAUCCAAUAUUUACGACCGAUGAAGGUGUACCCCGCAAAACCCUGAGUGGUACUGCUAUGAAUGAGCCCUUUUAUCUCUUGAGGGAAUUGCCAGCCAAUACAGAACUUACAGGAAGCACUAACCUCAUCACAUAUUACAACCUGGAGCACACAUUCAACAAAUUUUGUGGUAAGAAAGUGAAAGAUAAACUCAGCAACUUCCUGCCAGACUUGCCAGGAAUGAUUGACAUGCCAGGGACACAUGACAACAGCAGUCUGCGCUCACUCAUAGAGAAGCCCCCAAUCUGUGGCAACUCCUUCAACCCUUUGACAGGAAAUAUGCUGACAGGCUUCAGACUUCAUGCUGGUCCGCUUCCUGAACAAUACCGGCUCAUGCACAUCCAACCUCCAAAGAAGAAGAACAAACAUAAGCACAAACAGAACCGGACGCAGGAUCCAGUACCACCAGAAACCCCUUCAGAUUCUGACCAUAAAAAGAAAAAGAAGAAGAAAGAUGAUGAUCCAGAGCGCAAGAAGAAAAAGAAGGAAAAGAAAAAAAAGAAGGUAAUAGUAUUGCUAUAGAGUGGCAGUGACUCU